UUAUCAUGACUGAUAAUUUGGAUUAUUUAAGCAAAUAUUUUAAGGAGACUUUGAAACCUACUGUAAGAACAAACGUGUUAGAGUGUCGUGUCUGUGAAGAGGUAUUUACCAUUGAUGGAGUAAAAGUUCCAAGAUUAUUACAAUGUGGUCAUACAGUAUGUCAUUCAUGCCUUUUACGGUUGAAACCUUGUAUGACAGACCAGCAGUUUUUACUAUGUCCUUUUGAUAGACAGCCAACAAGCAUUAUUCAAAACAAUAUCUGCAAUUUGAAAAAGAAUUUUGCUUUAAUUGAAUUGUUAGAAAGGCUAGAACAAACUAACAGUGAAAAGUUGCUAAUACUUGAAAGGGAGAGACUCCAGUCCAAUCAGUCUUGUGAUGAAGAUGAAGCUCACACUGCAGUGUUAUAUUGUACAAUUUGUGCAAUUCACUUGUGUGAAAAUUGUGAUAGUAAUAUUCAUUCUUCAAAGACCUUAAGUAAACAUAAACGUGUCCCCCUGUCGGAGAAACCAAAAGACAAACCAAAAUGUCCAGUACAUACAACACACAUAGCAGAAUUUACAUGUACUCAGGAAGGCUGUCACAACUCUCUUAUGUGUUAUUUAUGCAAAGAUUAUGGUAGACAUAGUACACAUAAGUUAGCUUUGGUGGAAGUUGAGGCAGAGAAUAUUAGAAAAUCUAUUGUGACUGCUUUGCAGAAAAUGACACAAUUUAUGGAAAGCAUGAGAGACACAGCAUACAGAAUAGAAACAGUGAUACAAGAAUUAGAAGGAUGGGCAAUAGAAGAUGCAAGACAAAGGGUGCAUCAGCAUUUUGAAGAAUUAAGAGGUUUAUUAGCUGAACAGGAAAAUGCAGCUAUCUCUUGUGUUGAAACGGAAACACGUGGCAGGUUGUGUGCUUUAAGGCAGCAACAACAGGACUUAACUACUACAAGGUCUCAAAUAGCAGAUGUGUGCAUUCAGUGUGAAAGCAUUUUAGAUUCUGAAGAUUGGAAAUUACUAAGUAGCGCAACAAAAGUUAAAGAGGUAUUAACUACAUUGGAACAACAACAACAACAUUAUGUUCAAGUUGGUCCUGACUUCCUCACACCUGAAUCCUCUAUACCCAUAAUAUUCAGCCGGGACAACAGGGUACAUAUUGGUACAAAGAUUGACAUGCGUGUGGUAAUCUUAGGAUUGGAUGGUGCUGGAAAAACAAGCAUUCUAUCAGCCAUGAGAGGCAUCACACUUUCUGGACCACCAAUUCCUACAAUUGGCUUUAAUGUAGAAAGUUUAGAAUAUAAAAAUUUAGUAUUCACAUUGUGGGAUGUUGGUGGACAGCAAAAAUUCAGACCUUUGUGGAAACAUUACUAUCAUAAUACUCAAGCUGUUAUUUUUGUAAUUGAUGCUAGUGACAGAUCUAGAUUUAAAGAGGCACAAAAUGAAUUAUCAAAAAUUGUGAAUGAACGUGAAUUAAAGGAUGCUCUAUUUUUAAUAUAUGCUAAUAAGCAGGAUAUUGUUGGUUGUGCCAGUGUUGAAGAAUUAAGCGAUAUCUUGUGUUUACAAAAAUUAUGUUGCGGCAGAGCAUGGCAUAUACAAAGCUCAUCUUUAAUCACAAAUACUUGCGGCUCUACACAAGGUCUUGAUUGGUUAACACAACAAUUAGGUGCUCAUGAAACCCUAUAUACGAUACCUACGUUAUCUUAAACUUUAUAUAUGCAAUUCUAUUUUAUGCAGAACGUGCUAUUAUAUUAUAACGAAGAAAAUUCAAACUUUUGUAUUUAUAAACUCUUGUAGCCUAUAAUUUGCUUAAUAAUUCGUAUAUUGCACAAUUUAGAAAUACCUUGAUUAAUUGAUAAUUGUGAUGUUUGAGGUUGUAAUUAAUAUAUCGCGUUUCAUAUAAGUGUCAUGUAAAAGCCAUACUAAAGGCGAGAAUAAACGAUUUAAGCACGUCUA